AUGUCGGUGUCGGACUUGAGUGAGGCUGAAUCAGAAUUAGUCUUCGAAAGAACCUCUCCUUCGUCUAAAACACUUCUGUUAGAAAAUAAAGAAGAGCGCUUCACAAAAGUAUCCCAGUCAGAAAGUCAAGAAGAAUGCGGCUGCUCGUGCGACUCUGCUGUUCUGGUGUCGCCGAUCAUGAGCAUUUGCGAGCACUCUCUCGCGCUGGAGAGUCGCUACAUGAGAAAUCAAGGAAGAGAACACGGCAUAAAAAUUGUUGAGAAUCCUGGUUCCGGCAUGAAGAAGCCGCAGCUGAUAAAUAUGAUUUUAAACAUCACGCAGCGGCAGGGCACGACCCAGAGGCUUCUCAGUCAUCUUUACACGAAAAAUCUCCUCCCAGAUGCAGAAGAGUGCCCUAUUGAUCGAGAAGAAGUCAGAGAACAAUGCCGUCGACUCCUGAUCGUGACAAUCACAGCGUUUAUGAACCCGAAUUUAGAGAGAAGCACAGUAAUUAAGCGACGAAUGGGCAUGGCAACCAAAGCACUAAGAGACAAGGUUGGCUUUGAACGAUCAGUCAACUUCUCCAACUCGAAAAUGAUGCUGGUUUUGAUCUACGAGGCCUUCAUAAAAUCUCGAUAUCAUUCCGUGCGAGAAAUUUGGAUCCUUGACUUGGUGGUUUUAUUUAUUCAUUUGAAGCUAUUCGCACGACAGUUUGAUAAAAGGUCCAUUUCAAAAAUCGAGUUAGGCGCUCACGGUCGAGCCCUCAUCGUCGAAUCCAUGAUUCAGCCAAUACAGGAGGCGUUUGGCAAAGAUGUGUGGCUUGAGUUCUUUCUUGGCUUCUACGAGACGCCAAUUUAUGAAAACCGAGGAAUGGGCAACUGCAAAUUGAGCAAGGACGAUCACGGCGAGUACUUCCUCCUCAUCGCGCUCGGAUUGGUGCGAGUCGAAGACCUACUGCACUGGCAAACGCGACAACUCAUUCAACAAUCGAAAUUCAGCAAAAUCAAGUCGAUUUAUGGAAAAUUCUUGGCGUCGAACAUGCAUCUCGACUUCGACACGGUUCCAGCGUCGUCUUAUUUUUCCGAGCCGCAAGGAGCAGUCGCCAACCGAUUAAUGGAGUAUCUUCUCGAUGAGAACUGUAUUGCCGACAUCAACGAGAUGUUCCGUGUGCUGCCCAUGCUCCCGGACGAGCUGGAGACAUUUGCGCGAAUUCUAUCCCGAACGUCAGGGAUAAUUCAAGCUCAGAGCGCCGAAAGAGUCAGAAUUCCAAAGAACUUUCUCGUCAAGUAUCUCACUGUCUUCCUCGACGCUUCUGUCUUCUCAUUCAACUUCUUUUUGAUCAUGGCGAACUCGCUGAUUCCAGCAUUCACUUCAAAAGAAACGUCCAAUCUAUCACUUGCAUUUACGAUGAAAAGAUAUUUUUCCACGCUAGCCGAGUAUUUCUGCAGGACAUUUAUCGACGUUCCUAUUUCAGAAGAAAGGUACGAGCUUUGGUAUGAGCCAAUUAUCUGGACACUGUGUCUCCAGAACAAAAAUAUUCCCAAUCGAAAUAUUAUGCUUUCAAUAGUCAAUCAUCCUGUGUACAAAAUUGGACCUUCCUGGUGCUGCCGAAAGAAAUUUCGAGGACGCACCUCGAUCAGAGAAAGCACAAUUACAUGUUUCCAAGUUUGCGAGCGUCUAUUUAAUUUAAACCCAAAUUUCUUCAACUCUUCACUGGCUCUCGGAGAAAACAGCUGCAGCCAUUUUCACUCCUUCAGAAGACUCAACGAGCAUGACCCGUGGAGUUAG